GGAAUUCCCAAUGAAAGCUGGAGGUUGACCAAGAUUAAUGAGCGCUAUGAGCUGUGUGAUACGUACCCUGCCAUUCUGGCCGUGCCUGUAAACAUUCCUGAUGAGGAAUUAAAGAGAGUCGCAUCUUUCAGAUCAAGAGGACGCAUACCAGUAUUGUCGUGGAUUCACCCAGAAAGUCAAGCAACGAUCACUCGCUGUAGCCAGCCGAUGGUGGGAGUGGGUGGCAAACGAAGCAAGGAAGAUGAGAAGUACCUUCAAGCCAUCAUGGACUCUAAUGCUCAGUCCCAUAAAAUCUUCAUAUUUGAUGCGAGGCCUAGCGUGAAUGCUGUAGCCAAUAAGGCUAAAGGAGGGGGCUAUGAGAGUGAGGAUGCCUAUCAGAAUGCAGAACUGGUGUUCCUGGACAUUCACAAUAUUCAUGUUAUGCGAGAAUCGCUGAGGAAACUGAAAGAAAUCGUGUAUCCCAAUAUCGAAGAGACUCACUGGCUGUCUAAUUUAGAGUCAACUCACUGGCUGGAGCAUAUCAAGCUCAUUCUGGCUGGAGCCCUUCGGAUUGCUGACAAAGUGGAGUCGGGGAAGACGUCCGUGGUCGUGCACUGCAGCGAUGGCUGGGACCGGACAGCCCAGCUCACCUCUCUCUCUCUGCUCAUGUUGGAUGGCUACUACCGAACCAUCCGGGGCUUUGAAGUGCUAGUGGAGAAGGAGUGGCUGAGCUUCGGCCACAGAUUUCAGCUGAGGGUUGGCCAUGGGGAUAAGAACCACGCAGACGCGGAUCGCUCUCCUGUCUUCCUCCAGUUCAUCGACUGUGUCUGGCAAAUGACAAGACAGUUUCCUACAGCCUUUGAGUUCAACGAGUACUUCCUGAUCACCAUCCUGGAUCACCUCUACAGCUGCUUGUUUGGGACGUUCCUGUGCAGCAGCGAGCAGCAGAGAGGGAAGGAGGGGCUGCUGGAGAAGACUGUGUCGCUUUGGUCUUACGUCAACAGCCAACUGGAGGACUUCACUAACCCUUUGUACGUGAGCUACAACAACCACGUCCUGUAUCCCGUGGCCAGCAUGCGCCACCUCGAGCUGUGGGUCGGCUACUACAUCCGCUGGAACCCCAGGAUGAAACCACAGGAACCUGUCCACAGUCGCUACAAGGAGCUGCUCGCCAAGCGGGCUGAGCUGCAGAAGAAAGUGGAGGAGCUGCAGAGAGAAAUCACCAACCGUUCCACCUCAUCCUCGGAGAGAGCCAGCUCUCCCGCACAGUGCGUCGCUCCUGUACAGACAGUCGUAUGACAGGGGCUCUUUUUGCCAAAAGUACCUUCCCAGGACCACGGGGCAGCUGUUCCGAAACCCUCUGGAUUUCCAGCGUGGUGUCUGGGAGAUGCCAACCUCUUUAUUUAUUUCUCUCCAGGGUAAUUUAUUAGUACUGUAGCACUAGAGGAAGCUUGAGCAAAACCAAACCAGGC